AUGUCAUCUAAUGCAACAGGCUCGGCUUUCUCAUCAGCAACUUUGGGUACCGUCGAUAUCGUUGUGAUCGUUAUAUAUCUCGUCUUCUGUCUAGCAACAGGAAUAUGGGCAACCGUCAGAACAGAGCGAGGCAGUGUCAGCGGUUAUUUCCUAGCAGGCAGGGAUAUGCUGUGGUUUGCGAUAGGUGCAUCACUGUUCUCCAGUAACAUUGGCAGCGGAAGCUUUGUUGGUCUUGCUGGAACAGGAGCGGCAAACGGAAUUGCGGUGGCUAGUUAUGAAUUAAAUGGAUUGUUCUGUCUACUGCUGUUGGGAUGGCUUUUUGUACCCAUCUACAUUUCAAGCGGGGUAUACACCUUACCGGAGUACCUCAUGAGAAGGUUUGGUGGUCAACGUCUCCAGAUCUACAUGGCAGUAUUAUCGCUUCUCAUAUAUGUCUUCACUAAAAUAUCCGUUGACAUGUUUGCGGGAACAAUAUUCAUACAGCAGGCUGUAGGAUGGGACCUAUACGCGGGAGUUUUCCUGUUGUUAGGAAUAUCUGCUCUGUAUACUGUCUCAGGAGGAUUGAAGGCUGUGAUGUAUACGGACACAUUACAGACGGUUAUAAUGGUGGCUGGAUCUCUUGUCUUAAUGGUGCUAAGUAAGCUUGAUGGUGCCGCUAAGUUGACAUCCUUUUACUUAAUAAAACACGGACUAAAGGGUCUGAUGCUAGCCGCUAUGAUGGCGGCUUUGAUGAGUUCCCUCUCGUCAGUAUUUAACAGUACAACUACAAUAUUUACCUUAGACAUAUGGAAGCGACUUCGUCCAAAGUCGUCUGAUGGCGAGCUUCUUAUCGUGGGAAGAGUAUUUGUGCUUGUCCUCGUCGUUGUGAGUAUAAUAUGGAUUCCUGUUCUUCGAGCAUCUCAAGGAGGACAACUCUUCAACUACAUUCAAUCUGUCAGUGGAUACCUAGUUCCGCCGGUUCUCUCCCUUUUCCUGCUAGCAAUGCUUUGGACACGUACCAACGAAUCAGGGGCCUUCUGGGGUUUGAUGGUAGGGCUUCUGGUUGGAUUAAUUCGUCUCGGAUUAGACUUCGGCUAUGGGUCUCCAGCCUGUGGAGAAGAGGAAUUUAGACCAAGUUUCUUAUCACAAGUUCAUUUCCUACACUUUACAAUCAUCCUGUUCUUCAUUAGCCUGUUUACCACUAUCAUUAUAUCAAUACUUACUCAGCCGAUCCACCCUAAGCACUUAGUAAGACUCACGUGGUGGACACGACACAGCACUAUGGAAAGAGUUCCUUUCGAGGAAGAAAAGGAGACAAACAGAAUAUCAGAAGAGGCUAGACUAAAACGGAUUACAGAGCUCAAAGAAAGGCCAGUUGAAAUUUCAAGAUGGAAGUCGUUCGUCUACCUUAUAUGUGGAUAUGAACCUCCGAAAGAGGUUAUUGAAUCUGAAGAAGUAACGGCCAAACAGAGCGUGCUGACGGAUAUCAGGGAGGUACCUAAAUGGAAGGUUUUCGUCAACGUUAAUGCAAUCCUCCUUAUGGUGAUUGGCAUGUUCCUAUGGGGGUUCUUUGGGUAA